CAUGAGUGAAAGUUAAUUUAUCAAAUAUGUGAGUUUUUGCGUUAAAUCUAAUCACAGAUUAAGCAGGAUAUCACCAUGGAAGUUAAUUCUUCAGAAUCAGAUAGUAAACAAGAAAAAGAAAGACUGAAACCACUCAAGGAAGAGACAAAACAAAUAGAAGAUACUAUGAACACAAGGAAAGCAAGAAAAAAACAAAAUUCUGAAAUUCAUUCGUUAAAUAACGAAAACAGUUCUGUCUUAAAAAAGUUUACGAAGCACCCAUCGGACGCACCUGAUUUACACAUACCAAGAAACGUAUCAACCGUUUUCGUCAAGACUGACAACAUCCAUCACAUUUACAAAAAAAAUCAAGCAGCGAUAAUCAUUAACUGUGAUGCAACAUUACUGGAAAAAAUCUCACUCUUCAAAAAAAUUCAUAGCGUCGAAAUAUGUGACUACCUAGAGGAAAGAUACAACAAAGAUAGACAUUUUAUAAUAGUGUCGACAAAAAGAAAGUGUACACACGAUGAAUUCGCCCUAGUUUGUCAAAAAUCUAACAAAUCGAAUGUAUACUUAUUUCAAAACGUUGAUGACAAAUUGUCCGCCCUUUUGUUACAACAAGGGAACGAAUUGUCGUCGGACUUGACAGACCAAACAACUAUACCACAAGAAGACAUAUCAAACUAUUUUGAUAGUCCCGUUCACGCAAUUUGUGGCCCCACUGGCAUCGGCAAAUCAACACUGAUGAAAAAUCUUGCCAACACGGGUGGAAGUUACGUCGAUUUAAGCCAAUGCAAUGAAUUGUUUUCAGAAAAUCCGGGCUUUGAAACAAUGUUGAACUUUUUCGUGAAAAACGAAAAUUCACCAAGCAUUUUGUAUCUUGAUGGUUUAAACGAAGUUGACAGUUCUUACGUCAAUUGUGUCCUGAAUUUCGCAAAAGAGGCGUCAUCUAGAGGAAUCAGAGUGUGGAUUUCGUCAAGAGAUAACUUACGAGAAAAAUUAUCACGAACAUUAAACGUAGUUCCAAUUGAAAUUCGCGAAUUGAAUAAAGAACAACAAGAAGAGUACAUGGAAGGGAAACUCAGACACAAGUAUACAAAGGAACAAAUAGAGAAAAUUGUUACUGUAAUAUUGGCAGAUGACAAUUUUAACAAUCAAGCAUUGUUAGGGAAUCCUCUUCUACUACAAGUAAUCAGCGACAGGCUUCUUAGUAACGACGGUCUUUACACCAACAUUGAGGAACAAAACAUCUUGGUACCAAUAGAACUGUGCCACUUGUUUUUGGAGGCAAAAAUAUCACAUGUCCUUGACAGUAUAGACACAGAAGUUAUCUCAACCCACUUGAAACUAUACGAAGUCCCUGCUCUAAAAGCAUGCUUGGAUGUCAAGCAUUUUGAAAAAAUCGGUCUAAAUUUGGAAAAAUUUGAAAAUUUUAUGGAUCAAAUUCAACGUGGUGACAAGUACGGAAUCAUCAAGGGAAUAACCAGAAAUGGUGACCCAGUAUUUGAGCACCAAAUUUGUGCGGAAUACUUGACCUGUGUCUGGUUGGAACACCACAAAAAUCGGACUUUGUUACACCAAGUAAUGUUUACCGAAAAAUACAAAAAUUUACGAGCUAUUUUGGAUUUAUUACUAGCGAAGGACAAUCCACUACAUUUGUCUAUUAUCAAUCACGAUCUGGACCAAUUUGAGAAACACAAAGACAAAUUGAACACUACGGAUCGAGGUGGUCGGACACCAAUGCACCUGAUAUGUACCCAUGGUCAAAAAAUUGCGGAUAUGCGGAGUCGUGAACACCCUUGGUACAUAGCAAUGGUAAAAAUAAUGCUCCAUAAUGGUACUAGUAUGGAAACCAAAGACGAUCUCUUUAAUUACACUUACUUAGAUUAUUGUCUUGAGGCGCAAUGUUUGUACACGAUGGAAGCAAUUUUGGAAAAUAAGCUGGUGAAUUUUGACCAAAUCAAAGAAACUAUUUUUAGGUACUCUAAAAUAGACACCUUGGUAUAUUAUGCGGCGCAAAUGGGAUACCGAUACUUGUUUUGCGCUCUAAUUCUAGAAAAACCACAACUCUUGUUUCAAAAAAUACGUGGUCAAACGUUAUUGGUAACUGCGGUCAAUGGAACUUGGAACGACCGCAUCGUACCACCUAGGAAAGGCAAUAUUUCCAUUGUAAAUAUGUUAUUACGUUGUUGUUCCGUUGGCCACAAUUCCUCUAUUUUAGACAUGGCAUUUGAAAACCGCAAAUAUGACAUGUUACAAGUGUUAGUCAAAAAUGGACUCCAGUGUAGUGGUACGACAAUAUGGCACCGACUAUCAAUAGAUAAAACGAAACCUAGUGACGCAGAAUUGGAAUUAUUAGAAAAUAUAGAAGCAGCUGAAGAUAUAAACAAAAAGUGCAAUGGAGGACUAACUGCCUUACAAGUUGCAAGCCACUUCGGUGCGUCAGGUGUAGCAAAAAUACUGUUGAAAAAAGAAGCCGAUUUGUAUGUUACCGACGAAGAAAACAACACUCUUUUGCAUUAUGCUUCACUGUCAUUGGAAGACAAUGAAGAUGUAAUAAAAUUGCUGAUCGAGAAAGGUAUCAAUGUAGAUGCUCAAGAAUUAAAUGGGACGACUGCUCUACAUCUGGCAUGUCAAACCGGUAAUUAUAAAAACACAAAAAUGCUCCUGGAUUCUGAAGCUUCCAUCUACAUUGUGGAUGAAAAAGGCAACAAUCCUUUGCAUUAUGCAUCCAAAUCAACGAAAAGCAAUCCAGAUAUAAUUAAAUUGUUGCUUGAGAAAGGCAUGGAUGUGGAUGCUCAAAAUGUAAAUGGGGCAACCGCUUUACACAUUGCUUGUGGUCACAGUAACUACGAUGUUGCUAAAGUCUUGUUGGAUUUUGGCGCCUCAAUUGACACUGUAGACAAACAUGACAAAAACGCGUUACAUUAUGCGGCCCAAUUUUGUCCAGAAAAUAGAGAUGUGUUAAAAUUAUUAAUCCAGAAAGGCAUAGAUUUGAAUGCACAAGAUCAAAAUGGGACGACUGCUUUACAAAUCGCGUGUCGUGAAGGUGUAUAUGACAAUGCAGAAACGUUGUUGGACUCGGGUGCCUUGAUUGCCGUUACGGACCACCAUCAGAACAAUUCGUUACACUAUGCCUCAGCACCGAAAAAAGAUAAUCGCUCUGUCAUACAAUUGUUGCUUAGAAAAGGACUCAAUAUAAAUUCUCAAAACAAAAACGGAAUGACAGCUUUACAAAUUGCUUGUCUAGAAGGUGGUCAUCAGAAUGCAGAACUGUUGCUAGAUUCAGGAGCCUCGACUAACCUUACGGACAAAAGCAACCACAACAUAUUCCACUAUGCCUCAGCAUCAAGGAAGGUCAAUCCAGAUAUAAUCACACUGCUGUUUAGAAACAACAUGAAUGACCCUAGAAUCGCUUUACUCAUUGCUUGUCAAGGAGGAGUUUACGAAAAUGUAAAAACGUUAUUAGAUUUGGGUGUCUCGAUUCACACAAAAGACAAUGAUAAUCGGAAUCCGUUGCACUAUGCCUCUUCAUCUAAGCAAGUCAAUCGAAACAUAAUAAAAUUGCUGAUUGACAAAGGGAUUGACGUGAAUGCUCGCAGUACAAACGGAGUGACUGCUUUACAAAUCGCAUGUCUAGAGGGCGUGCACGAAAAUGCGAAAUUGUUAUUGGAUUGCGGCGCCUCGGUCAAUCUUACAGAUCAUGAUGACAGGAAUUCGUUGCAUUAUGCGUCAGCUUCACCACGAGUCAAUCAAACUAUAAUCAACGUUCUGACGAAAGAGAUUGACUUGAAUGCGCAAGAUAAAGUCAAAACGACCGCAUUGCAUCUUGCGUGUCAAGAAGGUGUUUAUGACAAUGUGGAAAUGUUGUUGGAUUGUGGCGCCUCGAUUAACGUUGUAGACAAAGAUAACCACAAUGUUUUACAUUAUGCAGCCGCUUCCAAGCACAUCAAUCGAUCUAUAAUAGAAUUGUUGCUUGACAAAGGGAUUGACGUAAAUGCUCAAGCUAAAAAUGGAAUGACCGCUUUGCAUAUUGCGUGUCUAGAGGGUGUCUACGACAAUGUAGAAGUGUUACUAGACUCCGGCGCUUCUAUUAAUAUUAACGACAACGACAACCACAAUGUGUUACAUUACGCAGUUAAGCAAGUCAAUCCUGACGUAAUAAAAUUGUUGCUUGAAAAAGGGAUUGAUAUAAAUGCGCAAGACAACAAUGGAAGGACCGCUUUACAGAUUGCUUGUUAUGAGGGUGUCCAUGCAAAUGCAACUUUUUUACUGGAUUCGAGUGCUUCCAUUAACACUAGAGAUAAAAACAAGGAGAACGCGAUGCAUUAUGCAGCAGCAUCACGAAGAGUCAAUCGAAAUAUAAUAACACUGUUGCUUGAAAAAGGCAUUUAUAUAAAUGCUCAAACUAUAUACGGAAUGACCGCUUUGCAAAUUGCUUGUCGUGAGGGUGUUUAUGAAAACGCAGAAACGUUGCUACGUUUCGGGGCUUCGAUUAACUUAGUGGAUGAACGCAACAAGAAUGCCUUACAUUACGCCUCACAGUCGUUGCAAGACAAUCAAAAUAUAAUAAAAUUGUUGCUUGAGAGAGGCAUGGAAUUAGAUGUAACAGUUUUGCAAAAUGCCUGUCUGGAGGGUGUUUAUCAAAAUGUAAAAACAUUGAUAGAUUGUGGCAUUCCCACGUAUCUUAUCGACAACGCCAACAAAACUGCGUUGCAUUACGCAUCAGCAUCGAAGAGAGUCAAUCGAGACACAAUUAAACUCUUGCUUGACAAAGGCAUUGACAUAGAUGCUCGAAACAAAAGUGAAAUGACCGCUUUGCAAAUUGCCUGCCGUGAAGGUGUUUACGAAAACACAGAAACGUUGCUACGGUUGGGUGCUUCGAUUGACAUUGUGGACGAACACCACAACAAUGCCUUGCAUUAUGCCUCACAGUCUCUGGAAGGCAAUCAACGUAUAAUCAACUUGUUGACUGACGAAGGCAUGGAUUUAGAUGCGCAAAAUCAAAAUGGAACGACGGCUUUACAAUUUGCUUGUCUUGGGGGUGUUUAUGAGAAUGUAGAAACGUUGUUGGACUUGGGUGCUUCGUUUGACAUUAUAGACCACGAUAAGAAGAAUUUGUUACAUUAUGCGUCAGCAUCGAAGAAAGCUAAUCGAGAUGUCAUAGAAUUGUUAUGUGAGAAAGGCAUCAAUGUCAAUGCUCAAAGUCAAAAUGGAAUGACCCCUUUACAAACUGCGUGUCUCGAAGGUGUACAGGAAAAUGCGAAAUUGUUAUUGGAUUGCGGUGCCUCGGUCAAUCUUACAGACCACGAUGACAAGAAUUCGUUACAUUAUGCGUCAGCUUCACCACGAGUCAAUCAAGUUAUAAUCCAGGUUUUGGCGAAAGAGAUUGACUUGAAUGCGCAAGAUAAAGUCAAAACGACUGCAUUACAUUUUGCGUGUCAAGCGGGUGUUUAUGACAAUGUGGAAAUGUUGCUGGAUUGUGGCGCCUCGAUUGACAUUGCAGACAAAAAUAACCACAAUGUUUUACAUUAUGCCGCCGCUUCCAAGCACGUCAAUAGAUCUAUAAUAGAAUUGUUGCUUGACAAAGGGAUUGACGUAAAUGCUCAAGCUAAAAAUGGAAUGACCGCUUUGCAUAUUGCGUGUAUAGAGGGUGUCUACGACAAUGUAGAAGUGUUACUAGACUCCGGCGCUUCUAUUAAUAUUAAUGACAACUACAACCACAAUGUGUUACAUUACGCAGUUAAGCAAGUCAAUCCUGACGUAAUAAAAUUAUUGCUUGAAAAAGGGAUUGAUAUAAAUGCCCAAGACAACAAUGGAAGGACCGCUUUACACAUUGCUUGUUAUGAGGGUGUCUAUGCAAAUGCAACUUUAUUAUUGGAUUCUGGUGCUUCCAUUAAAACUAGAGACAAAAACAACGAGAACGCAAUGCAUUAUGCAGCAGCAUCACGAAGAGUCAAUCAAAAUAUAAUAACACUGUUGCUUGAAAAAGGCAUUUGUAUAAAUGCUCAAACUAUACACGGAAUGACCGCUUUGCAAGUUGCCUGUCGUGAGGGUGUUCAUGAAAACGCAGAAACGUUGCUACGUUUCGGGGCUUCGAUUAACUUAGUGGACGAACGCAACAAGAAUGCCUUACAUUAUGCCUCACAGUCGUUGCAAGACAAUCAAAAUAUAAUAAAAUUGUUGCUUGAGAGAGGCAUUGAAUUAAAUGCAACAGUUUUGCAAAAUGCCUGUCUGGAGGGUGUUUAUCAAAAUGUAAAAACAUUGAUCGAUUGUGGCAUUCCUACUAAUAUUAUCGACAACGACAACAAAAAUGCGUUGCAUUACGCAUCAGCAUCGAAGAGAGUCAAUCGAGACACAAUUAAACUCUUGCUUGACAAAGGCAUUGGCGUAGAUACUCAAAGCAAAAAUGGAAUGACUGCCUUGCAAAUUGCAUGUCGUGAAGGUGUUUACGAAAACGCAGAAACGUUGCUACGGUUCGGUGCUUCGAUUGACAUUUUGGACGAACAUCACAACAAUGCCUUGCAUUAUGCCUCACAGUCUCUAGAAGGCAAUCAACGUAUAAUCAACUUGUUAACUGACGAAGGCAUGGAUUUAUAUGCGCAAAAUCAAAAUGGAACGACGGCUUUACAACUUGCUUGUCUUGGGGGUGUUUAUGAGAAUGUAGAAACGUUGUUGGACUUGGGUGCUUCGUUUGACCUUACAGACCACGAUAAGAAGAAUUUGUUACAUUAUGCUUCAGCAUCGAAGAAACCUAAUCGAGAUGUCAUAGAAUUGUUGUGUGAUAAAGGCAUCAAUGUCAAUGCUCGAACUCAAAAUGGAAUGACCCCUUUACAAAUUGCGUGUCUCGAAGGUGUUUAUGAAAAUGCAGAAACGCUGUUACGUUUCGCUUCGAUUGACACUGUAGACGAACACGGCAAGAACGCUUUACAUUAUGCCUCACAGUCGGUGAAAGGUAAUCGAAACAUUAUAAAAUUAUUGACUGAGAAAGGCAUGGAUUUAGAUGUAAAAACUAAAAGUGGAAUGACCGCUUUACACCUUGCCUGUCUGAAGGGUGUUUACGAAAAUGCAAAAACGUUGCUAGACUCCGGCGCUUCGGUUAACACUACGGGUACUAACAACAAGAAUGCAUUACAUUAUGCAUCAGCAUCGAAGAAGGUCAACCAAGAUAUCAUGUUACUGUUGAUUGCAGAAGGCAUCAACCUCAAUGCACGAACUAAAAAUGGAAUGACCCCUUUAUAUAUUGCCUGUCUUGAGGGUGUUUAUGAAAAUGUAGAAACGUUGCUAGGUUUCGGUGCUUCGGUUAACACUGACGACGAACACAAGAAGAAUGCUUUACACUAUGCCUCCACAUCGAGAGGAAUCAAUCGAAAUACAAUAAAACUAUUGAUUGAGAGAGGCAUCGAUGUAAAUGCUCAAAACGAAAAUGGAACGACCGCUUUACACCUUACCUGUCUGGAGGGUGUUUAUGAAAAUGUAGAAACGUUGUUAAAUUGCGCCGCUUCGAUUAACACUACGGACAAAAACAACAAGAAUGCAUUACACUAUGCCUCUGCCUCAAGGACAGUCAAUCCAAAAAUAAUAAAACUGCUACUUAACAAAGGCAUUAGUGUCGAUUGUCAGCAUAAAAAUGGUACCACUCCUUUACAAAUUGCAUGUCGAGAAGGUGUCUAUAAAAAUGCUGAAACGUUGCUAGACUCCGGUGCCUGGCUUAACAUGACCGACGAAAGAAACGAGAAUGCCUUACACUAUGCCUUAGCAUCAAACAAAGUCAACCAAAAAAUAAUCAAACUGUUGCUUGACAAGGGGAUCAACGUAAAUGCUCAAAAUAAACACGGCAUCACUGCUUUACAUAUCGCAUGUCUAGAAGGUGUUUAUGAAAGUGUAGAAACGUUGCUGGAUUCCGGCGUUUCGCUUGACCUUACUGACGAAAGUAACCAGAACGCCUUACAUUAUGCCUCAGCUUCAAACAAGUUCAAUCCAAACAUAAUCCAACUGCUUCUGAAAAAAGGCAUGGAUGUAAAUGCUCGGAAAAAAAAAGGAACGACCGCUUUACAAAUUGCCUGUCUAGAGGGUAUUCUUGAAAAUGCAAAUCUGUUAUUAGACUCAGGCGCUUGCAUUCACAUUACCGAUGACGACAACAACAACGCGUUCCACUAUGCCUCAGCAUCGAAAAAAGUCAAUCGAGACAUAAUUAAAUUGCUAUUCAAAAAAGGCAUCGAUGUAAAUGCUCCAAACAAAAGUGGAGUCACUGCUUUACAUAUAGCGUGUCAAGGAGGGAUUUACGAAAACGUAGAAAUGUUGUUGGAGUGUGAAGCUUCGGUUAAUAUUAGCGAGAAACGUAAACGGAACGCGUUACAUUAUGCCUCAGCAUCGAAGAAAAACAAUCAAGAUAUAGUAAAGUUACUAAUUGACAAAGGCAUCGCCGUGAAUGAUCAAGACAAACAUGGAAUGACCGCUUUACAAAUUGCCUGUCGUGAGGGUGUUUAUGGAAACGUAGAAAUGUUGUUAGAUUUCGGGGCUUUUGUUACCGUUACGGACAAAGACCAUCGGAACGCGUUGCACUAUACAUCAACAUCUCAGAAAGAUAGUCGAGAUAUUAUAAUGAAAUUAUUGACUGAGAAAGGCAUCGACAUGUAGGACAACACUGUGAAGAAGAGUAAAAGAAAAAAAGAAAAGUUCUAGUUUCUUAGGUGUGGGCUUUAUUCAAAAUUGAAACAGUAUGUCGGCGUAUCUUCCAGAAGACAAUUUUCAAAUCUGAUGAGGCCCUAACAAAAGAAAGAAGGUCUGAAAAACGUCGGUUUAUCAUGGUUAUCUACCAUAGCAAUUUUCAGAAGGGUUUUCGAAGAGGAUCAUCACCACACACACACAAAUUAAAACUGAAAGACCUUAAAGCUGUCAUUAGUCCGAUCAUCUGUGACCACUUCUUCAGCGUCAGCGCCAGAGGACCUGUACUUAAAGUUUUUAAAACGUUUUACAUUUUAGAACAUUUUUUACAAUUUGUUAGUCAAUAUAGGUACCUAUUGUUUUUGAUUUUACAGUGAUUUCGUAAUAAAAGUAAAAAUCGUCGAUGUCGAUGCUU